AUGCAGGAACUCAGUACCAUCUUCACUCCACCCCCGUGGUGUUCCAACAGAUAUGCCGUGUACAUCGACCACGGCGGGCCUCUGGCGGGAAGCAGUACGAACCCACCCACCAGCGGAUGGAUUGAUCCAUUAUUCACGCAGUGUGUCCCUUCGCAAUACCAAACGGCGUAUCCUACUUUCAGCCCUGGUGUCUGUCCCGAGCACAUGAGCAUCGUGACCUCGACAUUCAAUGUGGAAGGAAGCAAGACCAUAUGGACGGGUGGAUGCUGCCAGAGUGGCUUCUCGAACAUAGCUGUCGCCCCCGAGUGGGUAUGCACUUCGACCGUCACCACACCGAUGGCGUUUCUCCUCAUCCCCAACAUCUCCACGGCCGACAUCUAUACCACGCUUUCUACCAACCUGUGGAUCGAACACGACCAGUUGACUGUGCAGUGGGAGCAGAGCGAUUUGAGAGCGUUCCCAAGAGAAGUGGCGACGCAUUAUGCGUCUAUGAUGGGAGUCCAAGCCCCGACUUCGACUGAUGGUCCCGGCCCGACUAUCUCACCAACCUUGUAUGUUCCACAGACCCAGUUCGAGUCCGCCUGCUACAUCGAGUCCUCAGCCAUCUUCGACAUCGUCCGAUUUGGGGUUUCGGCUCAGAAGAUGGACCAGGCUCCAGCUCCUGGUAUGGCUUGGAUCCAUCUGGACGCUUAUAGGUUAGAUGCAUGA